UCCAAAGUCAACUCUAUCGCAUUUAUCUCACAAUGUCCACAUUUGACAAUCUCAGGUCAAAGUUUGAGAAGCUGGGCGUCACGGGCGGUUCUCGCAGUAUCGACCGCGACAAGCAACAGCCACCGCCGGUCCCUUCGUCCAACACGAAGCCGCCACAGUAUAGCAAUCAGGGAUAUCCAGCGCAACCACCCCCGAACCAGGGUUACCCACCAAACCAGGGUUAUCCUCAGCCAGUGUACCCGCCUCCACCGGGCGAUUUUGGUCCAGGAGGAUUCUUUAUGCCGCCGGCACCGCAGCAGCAGCCUGGAUACGGCCAGGGCUACUAUGGCGGAUACCCUGGUCCUCAGGGGAUGUCUGCGUAUCCAGGUGGCCAGUAUCCACCGCCACCACCUCAGAAUCAGCAAUGGCAGGGCCAGCCGCCCCCGUAUUGGCAGGGUCAGAGCGUGCCGUACCCACCGCCGGGUGGCAAUGGCGGAUACCCGCCACCACAGCAGGGGCCUCCCUCCCAGAACAGCACUCCCUCUCAGCAAGGCCCUCCUUCUCAGCAGGGCGCUCCACCGUUGUCGGCACCCGGCGAUGGACCUCCGCCUAAACCUCGGCGGACGAGCAACGGCCCACCACCAACCCAAGAUACCCAGCAUCAGUCACGUGGCGGCGAUGCAAGGCAUCAUGCGCCUGCAGGCAGUAGCCUUGGGCAGAGCCUCGGCUCGUUUUCCAGCGACCAAGUGCCGCCCGGAAUUCCACUGCCGCUGGACCAGCAUGACAUCCAGCCGGAGACGGCUGACGGCGAGAAGAAACACCAUCGCAAGCGGCGCGACGACAGGCGGCCUGAUCAGCAGAUGGAGUUCCUGAAUGUCAAGCAUGAGGAGCUUGUGCACCAGCGGUUCCUGAUUGUGUACGGGCAGGUACCGGGGCUGCGCACCAGCAGCGAAGACAAGAUCGUGGUUCACCACCCGUACUUCCCACCCCUUACGUUCCCAGCCAUUGACGGGUUCUUCAAGGUGCUGGUGGAGCUGGAGAACGGCGACAACAACUUGCGUUUCGACUACCGACAGGGCGGCGAGAUAGCCAGCCAGGGCACGCUGUGCAUCAAGAUGAUGCCAUAUCUGGACAAGCCACCGCUCAACCUGGCGGUGAUUGUCGGCAGAGACUCGCAGGGCGUGUUUGACGCGCCACCCGACGCGCGUGGCCCGGGCAUCAGCGACUUGGACGCGGCAGUACGCAAGUUUCGGUGCUGCGCAUACCUGUGGCAGGCGUACAUAGCCGAGCAGCUCUACCGCAACGGAUUCGGGCGACGCACGUUCCGGCUCGACGAGUCGUAUGAGCCGGAUACGAUGGCCAAGGACAAUGUGCCGCGGAUGACGGCGCGCGUGCAUGUGGUGCGGUCCAAGCGCACGGUGGCCGAGAUCCAGGACAAGGAGCGUGCGCAGCAGUGGAACCCGCCGCCCGGCUACAAGCGCAAGACCGACGAAUCGCAGUUCAGCAUUGCCAACGAGGCGUUGGAUGACUACGGGGCAUUCAAGGACAAGCACUAUGUUGUGUGCUUGUCGGUGGACUCGCGCUGGGACCCCGAGCUCGGCGUGAUCCUCGGCCAUGCCGCACUGGGCGGUGGUGUGGGCAACCGCCGGCUGGGCGUGUUCGGCUCACAUACCACACACGCGUGGCCUGGCAACGCCGAGGAGGUUGCGGCCAAGUUCCUGGACACAACCAAGACCGACACGCGCUACCUGGCCAACGACUGCAACGAGUGCGGUGAGUACUGGCGUGCGGCCAACAUCGGCAUGGGUGCGUUUCUGCAUGAGGCCGGCCAUCUGCUGACGCUGGCCCACACUCCCUCAGGCAUCAUGUCGCGCGGCUUCAACUUUUACAACCGCACGUUCAUGGCGCGCGCGCCUGACAUGGCCGGCCCGGUGCGCCAGCGCGAUGAGAGCGGCUCGCACUGGCACCGUACCGACGUCAUCCGCCUGCGACACCACCCGUGCCUGCGCCUGCCCACAGACCCGCCGCUGGAGAAAGGUGAGACGGAGGAGAGCGGCUUCGAGGCCCUGCCUACCGAGGAUGGCCUGCUAUUGCAGUGCGCUGCGGGUAUCACCAUGAUCGAAGUGUGGGUCAAUGACCACUACCGCUGCCACCGCGAGUACACCGUCGAGAACCUCGAGCGCCGCCGCAACGGCGCCGUGCCAGCGGCACCAGACGAGAUGGUCUGCGCCCACCCGCGCUCGAUCCUCGUCAACCUGGGCGCCUGGAAGGGCUGGGCUGGCGGCUGGUCCAGCACUGAUAAGCUGCAGCUUGUGCUGACUUCGCGCAGCACCGACACCGACACGCUCGAAGACAUUGGCGCCCUGAUGAACGACAGAUCGCGCCGCGACCGCGACGGCAUCCUUGUAUUCCAAUCUAACCAGCUAGGCAAGGGCCAGAUGAAGGACUCGCAGAGAUUCGACGCCCUGUUUGCCGGCAAGGAUAUGCCGCGCUCGUCCCUGCCCAAGCUGCGCUGCAUUGAGCUGCGCGCCGGCCAGUUCGUCGACGGAUUCAUCCUACACAUGGACGAUGGCUCGAGCUUCCCCGUAGGCAAGUGCCAAGGCGGCCACCGCUCCGAGGUGCUCAUUGCGCCUGACGACGACCUGGACCAUGUUGUGGUGCGCUCGGGCUGGUGGAUUGACGGACUGGAGUUCGUCACCCGCAAGGGCCACCGCAGCGGCUGGAAGGGCGGAAGCGGCGGAAGCGAGCAUAUCCUAAAGCCCCCGCAGGGGUAUGGCUGGAUGGGCAUUUCCGGCAGCGGCGCAGGCUGGCUUGACUCCAUUUCGAUGCACUAUGCAAAGCUACACCAGUAGCACUUCUUUCUGCAUGUAGGUUGCACCAUUCAGCAAUAGUAGCACCGUACAUAUUAUAGUGUGGGUGGUGGAGUGGAGAACAUGCGCUUGAGGGGGUAAAUGUGGCAGUAGAUACACGUCUGUCGCCCGGUGGAGCAUGGCUGCUGGUGCUCAAUUCCCAGCCGUAUACAGG